GUUUCUUUUAAGAUUGUAGAACACAGUUGGAGACUGCUUUAAACCUGGAUAUUGUAACUUAACUUCGGUAUUCUUUUGUAUUGUAGUACCUAUGUUACAACUCCGCCUGACACCUAACCUAUAAAGGCUUGUAUAAAAUUUGUUUUUAUUGCGUUGAGCAUCUAAGUGCUAAGUGAUACAUGACAUUUGCAUAUACAAGUAUUAUCAGUGAUAACACUGAUUUAUCACUAGCAGCCGGUCGAGACUGAUAAAGGGCCUAAGAUUUUAGUAAAACAGUGGGUGCCUAGGUUGUUAAACGUUAUUUUUGUAAAGGAAAAAAUACGGUAGAAUUGAGAACGUCCUUCUUUAUAAAUUCGGUUAAAAUGGAACAGUUUUUAGGCAGAAAGUAUGUGAUGACACAUUACGAGAAUUUUGAAGAUUAUCUCAUUUAUAUCGGUCUAGGAUUCAUAUCUCGCAAAAUAGCACUGAACCUCCGACCAGUGCACAGUCUGACGCGCAAUGAAGACGGAACAUAUCUAUACAACAUACACACGACACUUUAUAACUGGGAUAUCGUGUUUACUCCUGACAUUGAAUUCAAUGAAAAGAGGCCCGACGGCCAAAUAGUGAGAGCCACAAUCACGUUAGAAGACAACAUAAUGAUACACAUUCAAAACCAUCCGGAGGGGAAACAUUCCAAACACGUUAUAGAGUUUUAUCCGGACAGAAAUGUUGUGACAACUACUGCUCGGGGAUUCAAUAAAACAGUAAUAAGACACUACGAAUUGGUAAGAGAAGAUUGAUUUCGAUGUGAAGGAAUAUUCCAGAAAACGAGCGUAUCUUGCCCCAGAUGAAGGAGAACUCUGUUUAACAUUCUGUGUUUAACAUUCUGUUUUUAAAUCUGUUGGAUUAAAAUGUAUGGCUUGAAAAUUUUGUAAAUAAACGUAUUUAAAAAACAUAA